AUGCCAAGCAUGACUGGUUCAGCCACGGCAGCUUCGUCUACCGCUGCUAAGAGUAUGGACAUGGGAAUGGGGAACUCCUGCAAGAUCUCGAUGCUAUGGAACUGGAACACAGUCGACUCAUGCUUUAUUGCAAAGUCAUGGCAUAUUACUUCGAAGGGAAUGUUCGCCGGCUCCUGCAUCGGAGUCAUCUGCUUGGUUAUAUCUCUUGAAUUCCUCCGCCGUCUUGGAAAAGAGUACGAUAGGUUCCUGCUGAGAAGCCAUAAGCAACGCCUUCAACAACCAGACUCGGGGGCUUCAAGGUCUUUGGAAGCUUUGUGUACGAAAGAUGUCUCUCAAAUAUUCACUCCCACCAUACUUCAGCAGUCGGUUCGCGCCCUUUUGCAUAUGGUCCAAUUUGCUAUUGCCUACUUUGUCAUGCUUCUUGCCAUGUACUAUAAUGGCUAUUUCAUCAUCUGCAUCUUCAUUGGUGCCUAUAUCGGCUCGUUCAUUUUCACGUGGGAAUCUAUCAACAUGGAGUAA